AUGCCGACGAAAAGGGUCCGACAGAGCGAACGGCGCAGAUGCGUCAAAGCCUGCGGCAACUGCAAGCGGCGGAAAGAGCGCUGCGACGGCCAGCAGCCCUGCAGGCGGUGCGUUAUCCGCAGAGUCGAGAGCGACUGUUCCUUCAGCGGUCCGACGACAACAACAACCUUCCCGCCCGAGAGCUCAGCUUCAUCGGCGAGGAGUCCUCCUCCGACGCAGCAGCAGCGCGUGGCUAUUGACGGAAGCCCGGCAAGUCGAGGAGACAUCUUCCAUUCAUAUGGCUCAACGGCCUCUUUCCAAGAAGCCCACGGUGUCUCGCCGAACCACCACCACCGACGCGCAUCUUCGCAAGUGUGUCAUCUCUCGCCCAACACGGUGGUACCGCAGAUCUCACGGCUCAUUGGCGAUGGCCGCGGCCGCUUCAUGUUCAUCGGCGAUGCCGCCAACCUGGCCUUCCUGAAAGUCAUCCGCCGGCUGGUCCGCGACCGCGUCGGGUCGUGCCCGUUCACAGAUGAUCCCCUGCGACACCUCAUGGUUGAGGCAACUCCAGAAGGACGCCCGAAAUGGAUCAUCACCAACCCAGCAGAUAUCCCAGCAAAGCCCAGCCCCGAACAGGCAAGGUACCUACUCCGGUGGUACUUGCGGGCGACCAACUGCAUACUCGAGGUAUUUGACGAAGCAGAGCUCUUGAAUGAUCUGGAAAAGUGGCUCCGUGGGGAACCGACGAGUCACGAUGAAGAGGCCAUGAACUGCAUCUUCUUUCUCACCUUCGGCAUUGGGGCUCAGAGAUGUCCAGACGAUAGGGAUGCUGACGCCGAGAAGUACUUCAACUAUGGCCGGUUUCUGGCGGUCUCUUAUGCCAUGGAGAAUCCAACGAACAAUACCGUCAGCACCUACGUCUUGAUCACCGUCUAUCUGCUUGGCGCAUCCAGGCGCAAUUCCGCCUUCAUGCAUCUCGGCGUCGCCGUCCGUGCAGCUCACGCACUGGGUAUACACAAAAGAGACAACUCAUCUCUCUUCCCGAUCCACGAGCAAGAAACUAGGGAGCGUCUAUGGAAAGCCCUUCGAGUUUUAGACUUGUUCCUUGCGGCUUCACUAGGGCGGCCCUUGGCCACCACAGAAUCCCGGGACUUCUCAUCAACCGACAACCACUCAGCCUCGCUGGAGCUAUGUUCCAUCUUUGAGUCCAUUCUCAACGAUGUCUACGCCAAGCGCAUGGUCACGACAGACACCUUGGAGCGCGUCAGCGAACAACAUCGUCGCUGGGCUGCACGGUUCAGCGACGGUCUUGCCGCGGAUGGCGUAAAGUCAGGCAUGUAUGUUGAAGCGGAGGAUGGUGAAAAGUACCCCAACGUGGGACUUUACCACAUGAAAGAGGCCUACUAUUGGAGCAUCAUGUUACUCUCACGGCCGUUUCUCAUCGACUUUGUCUCAAGGAACAUGGCUCGGUCACAAAACAUGUCAACAUGGCAUGAUGAGCCACAGCUGUCAUCAUCAUCUGACCAACUGCUAGUCCACGCUUGCGUAGACUCGGCAAUCCGCACCAUCGACCUUUUGUCAGGCCUCAUCACUGAUAAGAAUGUCUCAAAGCGACAUCCCUUCGUUAUCAACUCGGUGUUCGUAUCGGCCCUGGUGCUUGGACUGGCUGUGUUUGGUGACCUGGACAGCACCUUCCCACUAGACAAGAGCUUAGCAGACGCCCAAGCGCUCCUACGACGGUUCAGCAAGCAUGAUCCAGUUGCUAAUAGGGAAUUAUCUAUAGUUGAGCAUCUGCAAGGCGCCUGCGUAUUGUACACGGAAAGGAGGGCUCGGCGCAAGAUGGAGUGCCAAGGGAUGCUUAUAGGAGAGCUCUUCGGAAGCGUUCAUGAUGGUGCGUCAUUAUCCAACGAUACCUCAAGAAUGGGGUCUGCAAGCUUCGGUCGAGAGUCCCGGAUGUUCGGCGGCCAAAGGCUACACAGUACUUCGGACGCGGAAGAAUUGAGCAGCAUAGACCAGAACGCUUCUCUAACAACAGGGAGCUCCGAUGGUCAUCAGCUGGGGGAAGCGGAGCAAGCAAGGGGAUCAAAUAUCACGCAGGCUCUGACACCGUCGACCGAUAUCUUACUUCCAAUGUCACCGAGGACGCUGCUCUUCGACUCUUACGCCCACGACAUGCCAUUCUUUCCGACCAUGGAUGUGGGUCUAUCACAUCUGGGAUACACCGAUGAGAUGAUGAUGCCGGAAACUGGUGCGUUGCUUGAUCCACCAUGUUGA